GUGCCUUGCCACCAUUUCCUUUUGAGUCUUCUCCAAUUUUCUGGCCAACUAACGAUCACUUCUCCGUUCGCAAAGGACCAUGAUUGGCAACAUACUACCAGCAGCAAAGAAUCAACCAAAAAUUUGCGCCUUGAGAAAUGGCCUUGCGAUGUUGACGUCUCUCAGUUUCGGAGCAGCCCUGUACGACCCGCGGGGAAGAGGUCCGUAGCAAUGCUGUCAGCCAAAAUCUGCUGGUUCAGAGAUUAUGAGGAGCCAAAAGUUAUGCCAGAAGGCACUGCGAAGGCAAAAAUGGAAGCUGCAGUUGUGGAAUUAGUCCACAUUGCUAGAACCAAAAUCUGCAUCAGAAAAGCAAGAAACACAGACAAACUCACGCGGGAAAAACGGUCGUCUGCGUACCCAAAUGGAACUCUUCCGAUUUUCGGGCACCCGUUGUAUGCUGCGGCCACCCGACUGCCCUAAGCAGCAGAAAAUCCCAUGGUUUUGGCGAUAAUGUAGCAUGACACAACCAAGCUGAAAGAGAUGGAUAUAAUGUAUAGCUGUGGAAUAUCAUUCACUCUAUUGAAAAGAAUAUUGAGUCUCGUCCUCAUUUCGCGUGUGGUCUUCAUCCUUUUGUUGGAAGUUUCU